GCUUCACAGUGAACAAACUGCAGUCGGAACACUCAGCAGCAACAGCAACAGCAGCUAAACCUCCCUCAUUAAAGGUUCUUCUUGUCUUUCCAAAUGGGUUCUAUAGUGGCCAAGCUAUUGCUACCAACAAUCAGCAGCCUGGCAUUUCUGCCAACCAUCAGCAUAGCUGCCAAGAGGAAGUUUCACAUGGAAGCUAUGGUCUAUUUUUUCACAAUGUUCUUCAUUGCAAUCUUUCACGCUUGUGAAGGGCCUGGCUUGUCUUUCCUGUGCUUUAUGAGAUAUGAUAUCCUGGAGUACUUCAAUAUUUAUGGCACAGUCCUCUCCAUGUGGGUGUCUUUAAUAGCACUGGCUGAUUUUGAUGAACCCAAAAGGUCCACCCUGGUGAUGUUUGGAGUUCUCACCAUUGCAGUAAGGAUCUACCAGGAUCGCUGGGGCUAUGGGGUCUACUCUGGCCCCAUUGGGACUGCUGUGCUUAUGAUCACAAUCAAAUGGCUCACCAAAAUGAAAGAGACAAAGAAACUAUAUCCAGAUAAAAGCGUAUAUACUCAGCAGAUUGGACCAGGAUUCUGUUUUGGGGCACUGGCUUUGAUGCUACGAUUCUUUUUUGAGGAAUGGGAUUACACAUAUGUACACAGCUUUUACCAUUGCGCUUUGUCAAUGUCCUUCGUGCUGCUGCUUCCCAAAGUCAACAAGAAAGCAGGUAAUGGGGGUGACCCUGCCAAAAUGAACUGUUCCACAUUCUGCUGCUGUAUAUAAAUGGAAAGAACUUGAUCGAUAUGGAUGUGAAUAAACGUGAUACUUAAAAGAAAUAGGAACACUGGCAUUUAUGCUCAAACUAAGCCUGAUUUGUCCCUAAUCAACAUGCACUUCCAACAGACAAGAUUUUCAGGUCCAUUUCAGCAAAAAACAAAAGGUACUGUAUGUCACAGGGGUUUUUAUUCACAAGGUGGAUAACCCAGAAUAUAGGCAAAAGAUUCAUGUUGACCUUACCUAGAGGCUUAUCUCAUGAUGUACCUAAAUUCCAGUCUCUCUGUUUUCUUGAAAAUGUUAAUUUCAACCAAGAAGUUUCUACUUUCUCCUGAUAAUGUUAUUAGUAAGAGCUUUCUUCGUUCGUUCAUGUUAAAUGCUGGCAAAGCACAGAAACUACUAUAUAAAUAAAAAAGGAAUGAUUUUGAAA